AUGAUUUCCAAAGGAAUAAGAAAUGUUACAAAAGAAUAUAAAGGAAAGCUUGAUAAUGUAAAAGCUUUGAAAGAUCUGGCAUUUGACAUAUAUGAAGGCCAAAUCACUGCAAUACUUGGUCACAGUGGAGCUGGAAAAUCAACACUAUUGAACAUUCUUAGUGGGUUAUCUGUUCCCACCAAAGGUUCCGUCACCGUGUACAGUAAUAAACUUUCAGAAAUGGCUGACCUAGAAAAUAUCAGCAAGCUCACUGGAGUUUGCCCGCAGUCCAAUGUGCAAUUUGACUACCUCACUGUAAGAGAAAAUCUCAGACUCUUUGCUAAGAUAAAAGGGAUUCCACCACAGGAAGUGGAACAAGAGAUACAAAGAGUUGUGCUGGAGCUGCAAAUGGACAGUAUUGAAGACGUCCUUGCUCAAAACUUAAGUGGUGGACAGAAAAGAAAACUCACUUUUGGGAUUGCCAUUUUAGGAGAUCCUCAGAUUUUCCUAUUGGAUGAACCAACUGCUGGGUUGGAUCCCUUUUCAAGGCAUCAAGUGUGGAACUUGCUGAAAGAACGGAAAAUGGACCGUGUGAUCAUUUUCAGUACCCAGUUCAUGGAUGAGGCUGAUAUCCUGGCUGAACUUUAUGAGAACCUUGAUCUCUCUCCUGACCUGGGAAUUGAAAAUUAUGGUGUUUCAUUGACAACCUUGAAUGAGGUGUUCCUGAAACUAGAAGGAAAAUCAACUGUUGAUGAACCAGGUAUUGCCACAUCUGGGGAAGUACAAGCAGAAGGAGCUGGAGACACAGAAAGACUUGUUGAGAUGGAACAAGUUCUCUCUUCACUUAGUGAGAUGAAAGAAACAGUAGGUGGCAUGGCUCUGUGGAGACAGCAAAUCUGUGCAAUUGCAAGGGUCCGCAUAUUAAAGCUAAAGCAUGAAAGAAAAUCUCUUUUAUCACUGCUAUUGGUUCUAGGAAUCGGAUUUAUUCCUGUUCUGUGGGACUUCAUCAUCUCAAAAACAUAUGAUGUCAGUUACACAUGGGAACUUUCUCCCCAUUUAUACUUCCUUUCUCCUGGACAACCACCACAUGAUCCUCUCACUCAAUUAUUAAUCAUCAAUAAUACAGGGGCAAGCAUUGAUGACUUCAUACAUUCCGUGGAGCUUCAAAACAUAGCUUUGGAAGUGGAUGCAUCUGGAAAUAGAAAUGGCGUAGACGAUACAUCUUAUAAUGGAGCCAUCAUAGUGUCUGGUCAUGACAAGAAUUACACAUUUUCAUUAGCAUGCAAUACCAAGAGACUGAAUUGCUUCCCAGUUCUUAUGGAUAUUAUUAGUAAUGGGCUGCUUAGAGUGGUUAAACCAUCAGCACAUAUUCAAACUGGGAAAAGUACGUCUAUGCUGAAUCUGGAUAAUCCAUUUUUCUUCAUGACGCCUUCCUUGCUCUGCCUGUUUUUGUCAUCCAGUUGUGCUCCUUACAUUGCCAUGAGCAGCAUGGAUGAUUAUAAGAACAAAGUGUGGUCCCAGCUUCGCAUUUCCGGGCUCUUCCCUUCCGCUUACUGGCUUGGGCAGGCGUUGGUGGACGUCCCACUAUACUGGCUGAUGUUCCUUCUAAUAUAUUUGUUGGACAUUAUUUUAAGCCCCGGAGAUUCCAUAAUUGCAUUUGUAAAUCCGGUUAUGUAUGUAAGUUACAACAUUCAUCGAAUAAAUUAUCAUUGUAUGACAUGGUUAGAAACGUUGAAAAUGCAAACUGUUUUCAUUGAUAGUCAAAUGGUCAUAAAUUAUUAAUAACUAUAAGACCUG